GGCCCUGCCUGCGUGCGGACACGCACAGUCCUUCCGGCCUCCCGGUCCGUCCGCGCUGUCUGUUGGUCUCGUCGCUUCCUCUUCCCCGGCGAAGUUAGCCCGGGGGCGCCGUCUGCCGGCGGCGGAGCGGAGGGGGCGGGGAGGCCGCUCGGUGGAGCUCGGGUGUCCGCGGUGCAUCCCCGGUGACCCCGCGGCCUCUCGCCGGAGCUGUGGACGCCUGCUCGGGGAGGCGGGCAGUACCGAAGCUGCUGAAAGAUGGCUGAAGAAGUGGUGGUGGUAGCCAAAUUUGAUUAUGUGGCACAGCAAGAACAAGAGCUGGAUAUCAAGAAGAAUGAAAGGUUAUGGCUUCUGGAUGAUUCCAAAUCCUGGUGGCGAGUUCGUAAUUCCAUGAAUAAAACGGGUUUUGUCCCUUCUAACUAUGUGGAAAGAAAAAAUAGUGCUCGGAAAGCAUCUAUUGUUAAAAACCUGAAGGAUACCUUAGGCAUUGGAAAAGUGAAAAGAAAACCUAGUGUUCCAGAUACCGCAUCUCCUGCUGAUGAUAGCUUUGUUGAUCCAGGGGAACGUCUCUAUGACCUCAACAUGCCUGCUUUUGUGAAAUUUAACUACAUGGCUGAGAGAGAAGAUGAACUGUCGUUGAUAAAAGGGACGAAGGUGAUCGUCAUGGAGAAGUGCAGUGAUGGGUGGUGGCGUGGCAGCUACAAUGGACAAAUUGGAUGGUUUCCUUCAAACUAUGUGACUGAAGAAGGUGACAGUCCUCUGGGUGACCAUGUAGGUUCUCUGUCAGAGAAAUUGGCAGCAGUUGUCAAUAACCUAAAUACAGGUCAAGUACUGCAUGUGGUACAGGCUCUUUACCCGUUCAGCUCAUCCAAUGAUGAAGAACUCAAUUUUGAGAAAGGUGAUGUAAUGGAUGUUAUUGAAAAGCCAGAAAAUGACCCAGAAUGGUGGAAAUGCAGGAAAAUCAAUGGCAUGGUUGGCCUGGUGCCAAAAAACUAUGUUACCAUCAUGCAGAAUAAUCCAUUAACCUCAGGUUUGGAACCAUCGCCUCCACAGUGUGAUUACAUUAGGCCUUCACUCACUGGAAAGUUUGCUGGCAAUCCUUGGUAUUAUGGCAAAGUCACCAGGCACCAGGCAGAAAUGGCAUUAAAUGAAAGGGGGCAUGAAGGAGAUUUCCUCAUUCGUGAUAGUGAAUCUUCGCCAAAUGAUUUCUCAGUGUCACUAAAAGCACAAGGGAAAAACAAGCAUUUUAAAGUCCAGCUGAAAGAGACUGUGUACUGCAUUGGGCAGCGGAAAUUCAGCACCAUGGAGGAACUUGUAGAACAUUACAAAAAGGCACCAAUCUUUACAAGUGAACAAGGAGAAAAACUGUAUCUCGUCAAACAUUUGUCUUGAUACUCAUCAGCAAUGACUGCUACACAGCUUUAACUCGUCAUGUUAACUGAAGACUGAGUGCGUGUUGGGCCAAUUGUGUUUGCUUGGAAAGUGCUGUUUCUAACUGUAUGAGAACUGACUGUAAUACAUGAGUAUUUUUGUUAUAACUCAACCCAUACACAUAUAUCUACAUAUGCAGUGCAUCUCUAUAGAAGAGCUCUUUAUUCUUGGUCUUCUGUCUUACUGUCUUCUGCUAUUUUUCUCUUUCCUUCCAACAAUUAAGGUUUUGUAUUCUGAAAAAGAAUAAUUGGUUCAAAAAUCUUUAUAUGGAAGAAUUCUUUUGUUGAUGUUUAUUUCCUUGUAAAGACAUUCUGUUCUCCCAUAGUUCCUCUUCACAUAAAAUUAUAUCUAUAUGACAUAUGCUAAAGUACAUUUCUUGUAAAGUGUUAAUCUUUUCUGUGACUAAAUAGCAAUAAUAAACAGAAAACCAGAAAUUAUUUUCAGAUAUUGUAUCUGUCACAAGCCAUUGUAAAUAUAAAGUAUGUUGUUUGUGCCUUCAUUUUAAAAUCCAUUCAUUAUAUUCAAAAGGCCCUGGAUAUAGGUUAGAAAACGUAAUUUAAACAAAAAUGUUAAGAAUUUAGUAAGUGUCUUUUUGCCUCACUUGGUUGUUCAAAGGAACAAAGCAAUCCCUGAUAGAUGUUGAAAUGAAAUGGAUGUUUCUAGUGUUCCUUGACCAAAGUAUGUUGUAUUAAAUGAUGCCAUAUUUACACCACUGUGAAGUAAGUCAUAGCCAAGUUUGGGGAAAAUAGUAGACAAUGAGAUGUGAAAAUGUUUUUUUUUUCUCUAAAUAUCAAUAAUUCUACAUGGCAUAAUUUAAAGUUUUCUCCUUUCAGCAUCCUAACCUCUCAAUAUUUAAUCAGAUUUACUGAAAAAUCAUUUUUUGACACAGUUGCAUAUUGAACCCGGGUUUCACAAAUGAUAAACAGGUGCUGUGCUGCUGUAUAAUACCCCUAGCCCCUUCUUAUCUUCUAGUUUCUUUAACUGGGACACUGAAAUGAUGUGCUGUGGGGAAAUGUGCUAUAAUUUAUAGUUAGGUAAACUGUAUUAUUUAAAAUUUUUAUUUUCCAUCUAGUACUUUGUGUGUGUGAAUGAGAGACCAAAGUAUUGAAUCUUCUGUUGGUCACACUUUUCCUCCUCAUCCUGUGAAUUUAAAUUUAAGCAAAGUAACAAAAGCCCCUAAUGCCACGGAAGCACAAGAACAUUGCUGUUCUUUGCUGUUUUAAGCACCAAUGUACCAAAAUUAUAGCUGGUAAAAAUUAAAGUUGUGUCAUUUCACUUUUUUCUUCAUUGUAGUAGUUAAAAAUUAAAUCUUAAAAUCACUUGAAGGCUGAUGUUGCCACUGGGUGGCAGCCCUGGCCUCUCCCACUAACUAGAAGUCAACAAAUAUAAUGUAUGAUGUAUGAAUUUCCAUCUUUAUAACACUUGCUUUCAAAGCUUUUUAAUUUACAUUUGUCUUUGAGUGCUCUUUUGUUUAAGGUAAAUGGUAGUAGAUUAGUAUAAAUAAAUGUUAUAUAUGUUUACCUGCAGGGCUGUAAAAUGCUAUGAAUACUAAGAAAAACAGUUUAAAAGUGGUGUUUGCAUUUGAUGACACUUUAUUUUUGCUUUCUCUUUGUGUGUCCCCCUCUCUCCUAUGAAACAAAAUGGACCUUUAUAGAAAGGAGAAAUUAAGCUAUCAUGGACAUAGCUGUUUCUGGAAACCCUCUAUUCCAUAGCUGAUAUUUUGUGAAGGCAUCACUGGAGUAGUACUGAAGUGGAAUGCACGCAUCCUUCUGUAGCUCGAAUUUUUAGAAAAUGGAGGUGCCCCAGUAAUAUCUCCUGUGCAUUCUAACUGUGGAACAAAACCUAACUUCAACAUUUGGUCAAUUUUUAAAAACGUCUUAAGCCAUCUCUUCAACCAAUAGUUAUUUAUAUUGUAAGCAUGAGUUUUACUUGAAGCAAUUUCCUUAGAACAACCUUAGAAAAUAGCUACAUAGCUAGGUAGUGACAGACUUGUAUUAGAAACAGCUCCAACCUAUUGUUGUCUGUGUUUUGACACACUGCUCUUUGUGUUUGGGUCCUGGGGAAAGCAUGUGUAGAGAAGUUUUCAUCUGUAUAUGAAAAGCUGAUUAGUUCCCCCAAUUUAAAUACAUGUCGUACCUAUAAUCCUGCCUGACUUGUGUCUACAAAAACUCCUCUGAAGUCUUGGAAGGAGUGCUUUGUUUUCAUUUGUUCUUAAACAGUUUUAUGUGUGUGUGAAAGCUUAGUGUCAAAAAAAGCUAUAAAUGUUGUUUCCUUGGUCAUAAA